AUGCUUACGUCGGUCUUGAUAGACCAAAGUGGCGCGCUGGCUGCGAUAGCGACAGAAGGACAAUUCUUUGAUUACCUGCUCAGGUCCUUCGACUCAGGAUCCAACACUUUUGUCUCUGGUACAGGGCCAACAGGAGGUAUCCUCGGAAACUUGUUCUCGACAGCUUGGUAUAACGGUGACCCAAUCACCGCAUCCGAUUCUGGAAUGCUCUACGAUUACAACAAGUUGAUCGGUGGGGUUCUGAUCGUCCAAGAAAGAGCUUAUACGGGGAAUUGUGAGUAUUCUGUCUACAACAAUUACUAUCCUGUUUGUUACGAUGGUCAGCCCAUCACCGCCAUUCCGCCGACAAAGCCUUCAAAUUUCAGCUCAAACUCGUGUGCCAUUUCUCAAAGCAGGGUCGUUGACAAAGAGUCUCCCAAGUACGCACAGUACUUGAAAGAUUUGGAAAACUCCAAGUACGGAGAUCGGACUGUGCUGGAAUCAGGCACUUACGCAAAGACCAUCAAAGACUCUUUCGAGUAUCGUUACGAUCAAGAUGGAUUUUCAGUCUUCCUGUCACUCGCAGAAGGGCCAGAUGCAAACCUUCAAAAGAUAAAAGAUUUGGAGACGAUGAAAUGGUUGGACUACCAGACUCGAAAACUUUCAAUCAAGUUCACAUUCUACAAUGGAAAUUUCGGUACCUUCACAUAUGCGAAGAUUUCUUUUGAUUUCAACAAGGUUGGAUCGUUUGUUCGCUACGAUCCUGGUGCAUCUUUUGUUCAGAAAGGUUUGCCGGGAGCAACCAGUGUGUCUAUUGGAACCUUGAACAUCGAACCAUAUUUGACUCAAGAUGACUUUGCAAGACUUGCCUUCGAAGUAAUCUUCAUGGUGUGGGUGUUCUAUUUCAUUUCAGGCUAUUUGGUAAAUUUCAUCAUCGCUGUUCAGAGAAAACAGCUGUCUAAGUUUUUCAACAUGUGGGCGUUUCUUGACCUCAUCAACUACUCGUGCUACGUCACUUUCAUCGUCCUCAGGAUUGACAUCUUGCGCACAAUAAUCUGCAAUCCAGUGUAUGUGCCAACUAACCAGUACAACCCCAUCUUCGAGACUCUCACACACAAGACAAGAAAUCAACUGGCGGUCAACUUCGUAUCGAUUCUUAUCGGAAUCCUGCGCUUCUUCAAAUAUUACGAGUUCCAGCCCAGGCUGCAGAUCAUCAACAAGACCAUGUCGGCAUCACUCAUUCAUUUGUACCAUUUCUGUUUUGUCUUCAUGGCGAUUCUCUUUGGAUUCAGUUUGGUCGGUCAUAUCAACUUUGGAAAUCAAAACCGCGACUUCUGCACGUUCUUCAACGCUGUUCAGUGUAUGUGGGAGUCGCUUUGGGGAGCCUUCGAUCUUGGUCCCACGAUUGGAAACUACGAUCUGGCAUAUAUCAAUCCUUACACUGCUCAAAUCUUUUUCAUCUCUUGGAUGUUCGUAACAGGGAUGGUGUUGAUGAAUGUGUUUGUUGCUAUCUUGAUGGACGGAUACGCAUGCGCGAAGGAGGAAGGCUUGAUAUCCGCCAGCAAGUCUGGGAAAGAUGCGCCUGAUGCAGUCCAUGAAGAUGUUCUACAAGCGCUCAACUACUUCGCCCGGGCGUUCAACCCGCUAUCAUGGAAGUAUGACGAGGAAACUUUGAUUUGCGCCAUGAGGUCCGUCGAUUCGCGGAUCCCUGACCCAGUGGCAGACAAGACUCUGAUAAAAAAGGAGCUUGACUUCUUGAAGGACACCCGAGAAGAGCUCUCGUCCCGCAUCCAUCAUCUCCAAGAACUCUAUCAAAAAGACUUCGAUGAGUUCCCUUUCCUCCCCGUCUGGGAUCAAAAAACUUGCCGAGUUGAUGAGCUGGCACAUCUGAUCCCCCUGAUCAAAACCAAGAUUGCUGGCAGCGUUGAGCAUCGCGAGAUCAUGUCAACGUACAAGUCAAGGUUCAUCUUCAACAUGGAGGAGGAGACGACCGCUGACAAGACCGCACACUUGGACUACGUCGAACGCCUGAUAGCCUACCUCAAGGCAGAGAACCGAGUCCUGGAGACCAAGUUGUAUUAUGGAACGGACGGAAAGAAGGACGGGGAAAUUCAGGAGCAGAAUACGCAGCAUUGA